CUCUCCGCCCCUUUGUGUUGGUGUACGAGAGAGACGUGGGGCAGCCAUGCGACCCUCGGGUGUUGGCACCGGUGGUGCACAGGGCCAAGAUGACCAGCAGAGCUCCAGAAUGCGUCCUUGCCAGAGGGGUUCAGGCAGCGCUGAAGGUGAGGAUCAUCACCGGGCCCCAGAAGGCCAGGGUGGCCCUGACAGAGGAAGAGCCAUGAUGGAAGCUUCUAGAGCUCGUCCCCGAGGUGAACGGGCCCCACGUGCCCCAGGACCUGGUGGACACGUAGCCCCAGUGGCUGUAAGGCCUAGACGUGGAGUGCUGGUGCUCAAAGUCAGAGUGCCUUUCCAAUCUCCACUGGAGGCAUGCUUGGCUCGCAGGUCUCUGCUCCGAGAUGUCCAAAACCACCAAGGAAUUAUUCAGAAGGAAUUUGCAGUGAAUGGCUGUGACCUGAUUGUUAGAUGGACUGCUGAAGACGUUGCUUUCAUCCGAGUUCCCAUCAACCUGUUCCUCGAUCAGCUUCCCCUAGUGAUUCAGAACAUUCGGAGCCUUGGGAUCCCACCUUUCCUAGGCUGAGGAAAGAGGGUGAAGCCUAACCUUGUGUCCCCUACUCGGCAAUGCAUAGGGCAUUCAAACUUAAGAGUCAUCACCACUUUGUUAUUUGAGUGUAAGUUUUUGCCUUUACUGGCCUUUGGUAUCUCUUGGUUCACUUUGUUUCCCUGCUACUUGAGGCAUGGGAUGCUUCAGUGUUUAUCACAGCAGAAAAUAAAACUAAGUCACUUUUUGUGCC